AUGGUUGAAGAAGAGCCUAUCACAACAUUAGAAUUAAUUUCUUAUUGUAUAAAUGAACAAUCAUCAAAAUUUAAUAUACAACCUAAUGGUUAUAUUUCAAAUUUGACUUUUGCUGAACUUUCGAAACAAAAGAUCAGCAGUGAAGAUUUAUAUUCUUGGUUUGCACCAAUUGAUCUUAUUGAACUCUAUCAAUUAUACUUAAAAGAAUUAUCAACAUCAGUUAAUGAAAUGAUGGGAAAAGAAAUUUUCUAUAAUUGUACAGAAAAAAGAUUUGGUCCAAUGUGUCAAUAUGAAUUAAAUAAUGGUGAAAUCUAUACCGAUAUUGAAAAGUAUGUAAAAAAUUAUUAUCAAAAUCGAAACCCGUUUAUGAAUAAUUUAACAUGCUAUAUUCAUUUACAAUGUGAUCGUGGUCCAUCUCCAUCUUGUUUGGAUUGGGCCGAAAUUUGUGAUGGAAUCUUAAAUUGUCUUGAUGGUCCAUUUGAUGAAGAACAUUGUUCACAAGUAGAAAUAAACAAUGCAGUCUAUGAACCACCUUUACAAGAGGAACUUACCGCUAAUAGAGAGAAACUGAAUCUACCAACUCUCUUAAUUGAAGAUGCUAAAUGUCGUGAAAAUCCUCUAACAAGUUCUUGUAUUUCAGGACGUCAAGAACGAUUAUUUGAAACGAUAUUUUCUGUUAAAGAUGAUCAUAUACCGUAUAACUGUUCGUCAGCAUUCAAAUGUGUCCUUGUGCAACAUAAGGAUGGUUCAAUUUGUAAUGGAUUGUGUCAGAGCUAUCAAGAAUGUUUUCCAAUUAUCAACCGUGAAUGUCCAUCUAUGUUCAACAUACCAAAUAUUCCAAUUCUAUUUGGUGAUAUUUAUUUUGCUUAUGAAAAAAAUGAUUUGAUAAAAUUUGCUGAUGAAGAAUUUCUACAUCCUUAUAUUUGUUAUAAUAAUUCACUUUAUGAUGAUUAUUUUACUGAUAGUGAAAUACUUCCAGAAUUGUUACCAAAAUUGAUUAAUGAACAAAAUGAAAUUGAAUGUGAAUAUUGGCCACGUAUUAAUUUACAUACUCGUUAUAAUUGUUUUUGGAAUUGUGACGAUGGUACAGAUGAAUUUCAUUGUGACACAUCAUUGCUAUUAUGUGAGAACGAGCGUAUUCGGUUGAAUAAUGAUGAAUCAACAUUUAUAUGUUUUUGUCUGUACAGUUAUUAUGGUUCGCGAUGUGAAUAUCAAAAUCAACGCGGAAGUUUAGCUAUUAAAUUUCAAGCAUAUUCAGAUUCUCGACAAAUAUUAUUUGAAAUUAUUAUUCAACUUACCGAUGAUAGUAAUGAAAGAAUAAUCCAUUCACAUGUACAAUUUACUUCUUUAUUUGCAAGAGAUUACCAAAAAAUCAAACAAAAACUUACUCAAUACAUGCUGAUAUGUUUUGAUUUAAAAAUUGUUAUUCCACCAGCUGAUUUUAAUGGUGAACAUUGUUCAAAAUAUGAAUGUAUUCAUGGUAAAUGUAUUAAAUAUCACGAUACUCAACAAGAUAAAAGUUUUUGUCAAUGUUAUCCGCACUGGUCUGGGCAAUCUUGCACUAUUCCAUAUGCUCUUAAUUGUACAUGUUCAUCUGAUUCAUUAUGUAUUGGUAUAGAUGCUCAUAGCCGAUCUAUAUGUGUUUGUCCAUUGUAUAAAUUUGGUCCUCGAUGUUUUCUUAAAGAUACAAUAUGUGAAUUAAAUGGUAUUAAAAGAUGUAAUAAUAGUGAUCAAUGUAUUCCAUCGGAUUUAAAUAGACAAACAUUACAACCAUAUACAUGUAUUUGCUCGAAAGGUCCUCGUAGUGAUUAUUGUGAACAAGAAGAAAACAAAAUUAAUUUAUCAUUUGAAGAAAAUUUUCAUUCAUUAGAAACAAUAUUAAUUCAUUUCAUUCAAAUUGAAACAACUUAUAUAUCAAAAAGAACAACUAUUUUUAAAAAAAUAUCUUCUAUGAAAGAAUCAGUCGUUAUUUCUUGGUCUGAUCCAAGUAAUCGUAUUUUAAUAGAAGAUCUGAAACAAAACAUUUAUUUUAUUGAUUCUCAAGAUGCUGCAUAUCAUAAAGUAAACUUAACUAAACAAGCUAAAUUAUCAGAUCGUUGUCCACAUAUUAAUGAAUUAUUUAAUAAAACAAUUGUUGAUUAUCAUCUUCUUCGACGUAUAAAAUAUUAUCAUGUACCAUGUCAAACUUUAUCAUUCAAUUUUCCAUGUUUUCAUGAUGAUAUUUAUUUAUGUUUUUGUUAUGAUCAUGAAGGACAACGUUUAAGUGAUUGUUUUCAAUUUAAUCAUACGAUGAAAUAUGAUUGUUUAGGAGAAAAUGAAUGUAUAAAUGAUGGCCAAUGCUUUCUAAUUGGAUCAAAAUGUACGAAAAAAGCCACCUGUCUUUGUCCUUCAUGUUCUUAUGGAGGACGAUGUCAAUUUACUGCAAGUAGAUUUAGUUUAUCCCUUGAUAAUAUUUUAGGUUAUCAUAUUCAACCAACAAGUCGUUUAAUAGAUCAAUCAAAUAUUAUUAAAACAAGUAUUGCAUUAAAUAUUAUAUUUAUUCUAAUAGGUUUAAUUAAUGGAAUAUUUACUAUGAUAACAUUUAAGAAUAAAAAAUUACGUGAAGUUGGUUGUGGCUUAUAUUUAUUAGGUUCAUCAAUAACAACAUUAAUUAUAAUAGUUUUAUUUGCGCAAAAAUAA